AUGAAAACCACCAGCCAUAGUCAGUUUAAUAUUGAACCAAUCACAGUCCCUGAGCCUUAUAAAACUUACAAAAGGCCAAUUGGAGGACUUACAUUUAAAGAUGAAAUUCCAGAACUGGUUCAAGCAGAUACUAGCACAGAAGGUGACACAGCUGAACCAAGAUUAAUCAUACCAUUAACUAGUGGAAGAGAUAGCAGAUAUAGAACAGCUGGUGUACCCUAUGCAAAGUUUGCACACUUAAAACAUACUUAUUAUACCACUAAAACACACUUAUUUUAA